AUGAACGGACACGCUGCUUCGAAGGUGUCCAUGUCACACGAAGAGGGCAUGGGACUCUUGGACGAGAAGACAUUGUCCGACGUUGAGAGCGAGAGCGGUAGGGUCGACCUCGAAGCCCGCUUCGCGAUACCACCAUGGUCCACCGUCGCUCGGGGUGCCGUUGGCUACGUCCGCGCCGUACCAUGGCGUAUCACGGCCAUCCGUGGCCUCAUUUUUCUGCUCCCCAGUUUUGUCCAGAACCGAUUCACGAGAGAACGGUGCCGGUCCGAAAAGCUGUUCCCGACAUCACAUCUCGACGGCAUGCGUGGACUUGCCGCCCUCUUUGUCUUUUUCUGUCAUUACUUUUACCAGGCCUUCAUCAUUGCUGAGGGUUGGGGUUCAUCAGAGAAGAACUACCACGUCCUCAAGAUGCCUUUUCUACGCUUGUUCUACCAGGGUCCGCCAGCAGUGUGCCUAUUCUUCGUCAUUUCCGGCUAUGCCUUGUCCAUGAAACCGAUCAAGCUUGUACGGGCCGGAAACUUUGAAGACUUCUCGGCGACGACGACGUCGCUGAUCUUCCGCCGCUUCAUCAGACUGUAUUUGCCGACCGCCAUCUCGACCUUUGGCAUCAUGAUGCUGUUACAACUGGGCGUUUACGAGUGGACCAGAGACUUCGCCACCGAUCGGACGUAUCACAAGAACGUCAUGGAGCCUCAUCCGAAGCCGCUGGACACCUUUUCAGAGCAGCUGACGGACUGGAUGUGGAGCAUGUUCAACUUUGUUCACGUGUUUGGCUGGGAGAAGUUUGGUGGAAGCACAUCCUACGAUGUUCACCUGUGGACCAUCCCGGUCGAGUUCCGCUGCUCGAUGUACCUGUUUGUCACCCUGAUUGGGUUGGCUCGCGUUCGAACCCGACUUCGCUUCCUCUUCCUCUGGGCAAUCAUCGCAUUCACCUACCGCAACAAUCGUUGGGAGCUGCUGCUUUUCUAUUUUGGCAUGAUGCUUGCGGAAUACGACCAGAUCAUGGGCAACAACACCCCCGUCGGUGGGUCUGUUCUGCCAGCGAAUGAGGCCCAACCGAUCAGGAACCGAUUCAAGGGCUUCUGCUGGGCGAUGCUCAGCAUUCUGUCCAUCUACUUCAUGUGCCAACCGGACAUCAACUACGAGAUUACACCCGGCUGGGUCUGGCUUUGCUCCUUCAUUCCCAAGUGGUGGGAUGCGGAAGGCUAUCGAUUCUGGCAAUCCAUCGGUGCUGUCAUCUUCGUACUCUGCGUCGGCCACUCUCCAAGGUGGAAGAGCUUCUUCAACCUCGCUCCCAUCCAGUAUCUCGGCAAGAUCAGCUACGCUCUCUACCUAAUGCACGGCCCGGUGAUGCACACCGUCGGCUACGUGAUUGAGAGACGGGCCUAUGCCAUCACUGGCGUCGAAGGGUGGUGGUAUAACGCGGGCUUCGUGCUGGGAUCCAUGGGGUGCAUUCCCGCCGUGAUCUGGGCGGCCGACGUCUUCUGGAGACUUUUCGACAUCCCGACGGUGCGGUUUGCAAAGUGGGUUGAGACGAAGUGCUCUAUCAAACAACAAUAA